AUGAAUUAUCCAAUAUUACGCAGCAAUAUUAUUCUUAAGAGGCAGGCCUCAAAGGUGACUAGUUUGAGUCGCUGUGUGGCCUCAUCAAUCCGCUUUUCCACGACAUUGGUUUCAGAAAAACGUCCAAUCUUUGCUGCAGAUGACUUAAAACAGGCUCAAAAGAAUAGAUUGAAAGCUCUUGGCCCAUAUAUCUCAAGGUUGCCGGCUUCGGUGAUUCCAUAUGCGGAGCUAAUGCGGCUAGAGAAGCCAGUUGGAACGCUGUUCGUUUUUGUUCCAGCUACAUGGGCUGUUUUGAUUGGAGCUGCAGAGGCGUUGGUUCCUCUGUCAACAACUUUAUAUACUCUUGUUGUUUUGGGGGCGGGUUCUUUGGUGAUAAGGGGUGCUGGUUGCACUAUUAAUGAUCUUUUGGAUCGUAAGAUGGAUUCUCAGGUGAUUCGCACCGUGGAGAGACCUAUCGCUAGUGGGCGUGUUAGUGCUAAGAACGCAUCCAUAUUUUUCGCUGCUCAGACACUUGUUGGAGUGGGCUUACUCCUUCAAUUGCCGGCAGACUGUUUGUGGCUUGGUAUGGCAUCAUUCCCUUUGAUUUGCGCGUAUCCUCUCUUUAAAAGAUUCACCUAUUAUCCACAAGUGGUGCUAUCGGCAUGUAUCAAUUGGGGCGCGUUAAUAGGCUUUCCAGCGAUAGGCUUGAUUGACUUUUCUAGUAUGAUUCCACUGUACCUUGGUAGCUUUCUGUGGUGCAUGACAUAUGAUACAAUAUAUGCACAUCAGGAUAAGAAAUUCGACCUGAAAGCGGGUGUUAAGUCUACUGCUCUGAAGUGGGGCAACAAAUCCAGAGCGAUUAUCACUGGUAUGACAGCAGCGCAAUUCGGACUAUUCGCUUUAGUAGGCUUGAACAGUGGACUGAUUGCUGGUCCAGGAUUUCUCGCAGGGCUGGGUAUUUUUGGUUAUAGGAUGUUCAGCAUUGUUCGUAAGGUAGAUCUAGAUGACCCAAGGGAUUGUUGGAAACAUUUCAACGCUUGUUCAACCAAUGGUUACUACUUUACUGCUGGGCUGGCGUUUGACUACCUACUGAAAUUCUUUGGAUUCUUGUAA